AUUCCCCUACUGUUGACCGGGCCCGUAGCUCUAAACGUAUACUUACGUAUCAAACGAAGUAACGUUACACCUCGACGACAGAUGUCAAUUAAUCUUAUAAAAGGUCUAGUCUCAAGCGGUCUCCCACCAGAGAGCCUUUUGCAUCGAGAGCAUCUCAUACCCACCGAAGAGCAUGGAGGAGACUGACGAAUCUACUUCCUCGCCGGAACGGAGUUGGAGCAGUUAUUUAGACGAACUCGUCGCAACAGUUUGCCACGGCUUAGAACUGCUACCAACAGACGACCCACUAUCAGCAGCGCCUUCAGGCACCGACGGUCCCUCUGUCCCAGCAGAGAUUCCUGGUGACGGGAAUGAAGUCUUCUUCAAUACGCCGUUCUGCGGGGUGGGACUUCCACAGGGGAUGAGUUGUCGACAUAAAAUUAUAGAUCCCACUUCGUCCAGUCCUGGAGGACCUUCCAGCAAUCCCAAGAAGAAGAAGAAGAAGAAGAAACUCUACGAGUUUGACCACCCCUUCGACGACGAGUGCCACGAGAGGAAACGCCUCAAUGCCAUCAAAGCCAAGAAGCACAGGGAGGUCGCUAAACAGAGGGAGGCGGCUCUGAGGGAAAAUUUUCGAGGAGUCCUCAGCGAAAACGAAGACCUUCGGUCGCAAGUGAAGGCGGCCGGGGAGAGAGAGGAGCAGCUGAAAAGGAAGAUCACGGAAUUCCGAGACAAGUUGCUUUCGCUGAUUGAGACGCUCUGUUGCUGAGGAGGAUGCCAUUUUAGCUACAGGACGCGGUUCUCCUGAAGGUCUGGGGACUGUGCUAGCGCGAGAGCAACUGCGACUGCGUGGCCUUGCUUCGAUUUCUCUUCAGAUUUGUUCUUCUGCUUCUUCACUGCGCCGUUUGGUUCUUUGUCCCACGAAAGACGCAGACUGAACUACUGUGUAUUCGGCUCCUUCGACCAGACUCCUACGUCUAUUCUCGGUAGCAGAGAAUGCUGUAAGGAGAUAGAUGGCCGAUAUUCUUACAAUGGGACCCUCAAAAACUAAUAUCUGAUCUCUAUUUAUCAGCUUCUGAAGGAAAAUGAUCUAACUCCAUUUCUGUUCUGCUCAAUCUUACAGCGACUAGAGAAUCCUCGCACGGGUCUCGUUCACUUUCGGCAGCUUCCUACAUUCUGCUGAAUUUCCCAAAGAACUGAAGUCAUCUCAGACUACCAUUUUGGGAUAUAAUCUCAGCACCUUUUCCAAGUACCUGAGCCCAUCUGUGAUUUCGAUAUAAGCCUUAGCUACUCACUUCCUCAAACCACUGCCAUAUUUCAACACGUUAUUUUAGCAUAAAUCCAGGUUACAAUGAUUAAGGACCUUAAUGAUUUAAAGUUAUUUUUGCGCAAAUUAAGUUAACGUCUUUAAAUGCCUGAGUAACGUACUAUGCAAUUACAGCAUGAAUUCUGAUUAAUUAGGUUCCUCGAAGUGCCAAAGCUUUCAGUGAUUUCAGCACGAAUUACAUUCAGCUUCCCAAGUAAUCUGAGUGAUUUGCCUGUGAUAUUAAUAUAGAUCUGCUCACUUUCUCGAAGUGUGCGGGCAGUCUGCAACGUUAGGAAAUUAUCUACUGAACCUCAAAAAACGACUAUUUAUUUUACCUCUGAAUUCUCUUCUUCUUCAAGUACAUAAAGACGAUUCGCUCUUAGUAAGUACAAUUUCUUAGCUUUUCCAGGCUGGCGAAGUUGCCUCCAACUUCACAGACAUCUGUGUAGGAAAAGUGAAUGCACAAUAAUAAAAAAAAAAAUAAGAAUCCACGUAAAUUUCACGAACUUUUCAUUCAAUCCCUUAAAUGUA